AUGUCCGUGUUUUCUCCUAUCAGUAUGUACACAUCAGCUCAAGCUCAACACUGCAUGGAGAAAAUGCAGUCUCUUCGCACCAAUAUUCAACAUGCAUCAGAGUCCAUGAAGUAUAGAUGUGAAUUGGUCGAGGUCGAAAAGAAGUUAAAGACAAGCAGAAGGGUUUUCGGGGGCAAUCUCGAGAGAACAAGCCCAAACCUUUGGCAUGAUGUGUCCAACAGAUUGGGUAUCUCCAUUAUUCAAUGUGCAGAAGGGCCUAUUAACUUUCUUGCUCUCUAUUGCUGCUACCUGCUUUUGAUCGCCCUGAGUACGACAUUCGAGCCAGUGCAGCCCUGUCAAAGCAUUUCUCACGUUCCACUCUAUCCUUAUGUUCGUCCCGAAACAGGCUCUUGCCGCCGUGGACAUCUGUUUGGUUUUGGAUGGUUCCUCGAGUGGCCAGGAGGCCAACGUCUUCUUAAUUCGACAUGGCCAUGGGUUGGGGUGAAACUUUCAAUCCUGGUAUUGUGGGGUCACAGAUCAAAGGGCAAAUUGCAGUUUCAACAUUCUUCCUACCGUACUCGGCCUGGAUGA